CGACGAGUUAAGAGGGGGUUGGUGGCUAAAGCGCCAAAUCACCAGAAUUACCUGCAACAAAUGGUUGUUAUUCAAUUUAUAAAUCCAAAACAAACCAAAUAAAAGGAGACUAAUCAAUUAGACUUCCACUUUAAUUAUACUCACCUACUACCGCCUUGUUAGCUAGUGGCUACUCCCCCGCCCGUAACCCAGAUCCGCAGCUAUAUAUCCUCGACUUCGACCCUCCCUUUUCUUCGCCUCUCUAUUUGCAGCUAACCGGUAAAAGGGAGAAACCUCACUCAGUCUCCUCUCUAGUGCUACACUGCACAGAUUUGCAGAGGAGCAACAGCAUUUUCUUUUCUCCGAUUCCUAGAUCCGAAGAAUGGCCUGCGAGGGUACCUUGUUGGGUAUGGGGAACCCACUCCUCGACAUCUCUGCUGUUGUCGACGACGGCUUCUUGACUAAGUAUGACAUCAAGCUAAACAAUGCUAUCCUUGCCGAAGACAAGCACUUGCCCAUGUACGACGAGAUGUCAGAAAAGUACACUGUCGAUUACAUUGCUGGAGGUGCCACUCAAAAUUCCAUCAGAGUUGCCCAGUGGAUGCUCCAAAAGCCAGGUGCAACAAGCUACAUUGGUUGCAUUGGGAAAGACAAGUAUGGUGAAGAGAUGAAGAAAAAUGCUAAGCACGCUGGUGUUAAUGUUCAUUACUAUGAGGAUGAAGCUGCUCCCACUGGAACAUGUGCUGUUUGUGUUGUCGGUGGUGAGAGGUCGCUUGUUGCAAAUCUAUCAGCUGCAAACUGUUACAAAGUUGACCAUUUGAAGAAACCUGAAAAUUGGGCACUAGUGGAGAAGGCAAAAUAUUACUACAUUGCUGGAUUUUUCUUGACUGUGUCUCCCGAGUCUAUCCUACUUGUUGCUGAACAUGCAGCUGCCAAGAACAAGAUCUUCUCGACCAACCUUUCUGCUCCAUUUAUCUGUGAGUUCUUCAAGGAUGUCCAAGAGAAAGUUUUGGCUUAUGCGGACUUUGUGUUUGGCAAUGAGACUGAAGCUAGAACCUUCUCAAAGGUUCAUGGAUGGGAGACUGAGAAUGUCGAGGAGAUUGCCAUAAGGAUUUCCCAGUGGCCCAAGGCGUCAGGGGCACACAAGAGGAUUACUGUCAUCACACAGGGUGCUGACCCUGUUGUCGUUGCUGAAGAUGGGAAGGUGACACUAUUCCCAGUUACCUUGUUGCCCAAGGAAAAGCUUGUUGACACCAACGGAGCAGGAGAUGCAUUCGUUGGUGGGUUCCUGUCGCAAUUGGUGCAAGAAAAGCCCAUUGCGGACUGUGUCAAAGCUGGCACCUAUGCGGCCAAUGUGAUCAUCCAGAGGUCUGGCUGCACAUACCCAGAGAAGCCAGAGUUCAAUUAG